CCGUGCUGGACGUGGACGGCCACACAGCAGCCGGACGGACGACGGCACAGGAGAGCAUCGUCGUUCGAGAGAAAGGAUUCUGGCCAUAACAUUCUGGUGUCGUGGUUGCGACGGUUGUCCACGUGCACUCACUGCCCGCCCCAUCGCUUGGCCCCCCCAAAACACAAAGGAAUUGAGCCAAUCUCGCGGCGUAGGAAUUGCGUGAGGAGGUCCUCGCACAGGACUUGCAGUGCUCGCAGCAGAACAAAGCACCCCAUGGUCGCGAUGGUGAAGUGAGUGAAGUAGGCCAUUGUUCAGUGUCAGCGCUAUUGUUGCGGCAUAGGAGAAUAGUACACAAACGGUCCCACAAAGUGAGCAACAAGCAACGAAUAUUGUGACCCCUCCAGACGCACACACGCAAACACAGGCACACUAGUUCGCAGUGUGUGGCUACGUACUUGCGCGUGUAUGUGGGCAGUACUUCGCGAUACGGCAGUCAGUUUGCUUGCCGAAAUACACUCACUGCAGAAUGAGGCCAAAAUGUCAAUUAUAAUAGCAAUUGUCUUCAUGGGAUUGCUUGAGCUCGGACGAUCGCAGUAUCUGACGAACACUGUACAUAAGACAUCAGCUGCGACCGAGAAGAUUAAUGAUCUCUGGUGCUACUCGUGCAAUGCUACCGACGACGGUGAAUCCUGCAUCGAGCUGGCGUCCGGCAACAAUGCGUCCUACGUUAAAAAGUGUAACCCGGACGAGUUCAUCUGCAUGGUCAAACAAUUUUCCUACACGACCAGCACGGAAAAUUCCACCUCCACGCCGAAGCUGUGGUCCUUGGAGCGGCGCUGCAUCAACACGUGCGAGGCCGGUUGCAUAAUCAUAGGUGAACGGACGAAGCUGUACGCGUGUACCAGUUGCUGUGAAAAGUCGCUCUGCAACACGGGCCGGGCGCACUCGACCAACCUGAUCGCACACUUCCGGCGCACAGCGGCCCUCGGGUUGACCAUUCUAGUGUUGCUUAGCCUAGCGAAACCCAGCCUGCGCGUGGCCCUCUAGCCGUAAAACCACACAUCCCGGAAUGUCCCACAAUGUGUCCAACCAACGAGCCCCUUUCAGGUACUUCCAUUCUCCCGCAGCAGGCCAAUAAUUGCGAUGAAGCUGAGCCCGGAACGGAUUAGGUGCCAAAAACAAACCCUUCAUGGUGUCGGUCGGUCGACUGAGGACGACCCCAUAGUUGAUCCUCACGAUGGCGUCCCCGAACUCCACACACCCCGUGUUCCAGUUUCUUCCCGAAAUCCUCCCGGUCUAAACCGUUCGUUCCAAUUAGAUAGAAUUUGAAAACAAAAACGUUUGCUCUUGAAUCAAGUUCGAUUUACUAACUCAGUGCACCGUUCGGAGCGCCAGUAGCGUUUCGAAAGUAGAGUUUAAGCCGAAACUAACUUCAUUCCAUUUCAGAUUUCGAAAAUUUCACUCCCACACUACUGCACUAAACCUGUGCGAAAGGUGUCACGCACAUUUGCAUACAGAGAAAGCUAGAGGGAAUACAACUAGAAUAGUUUGAUAGUAGAUAAAACAAAAUUUAAGAAUCAGAAGAAUUGGACAGGGUGUCGAAUGGAGCACACGAGCACGAACGUUACAUAUUCCAAACUAUCAGAGUUUUUUAAUACAGUAAUGCUGCAAUCAUUUCCACGAACACACACGAUCAUCUGGCUCUUUAUCUCUCUCACACAACUACACCUGCAGCUAGGUUCUUAUCAAGCCACCCACUGAAACCGUCGAAAGAUUUGAACUGGGCGCUGACAGGAAGAGGAAUAGGGUAGGACCGAUAAGAAGGAUAGUUUUAAAUGCCAGUUUUAUUUGCUUGCCAAAUUUACCCAAUAGAGUAUCCCUGGAAAGAGUACUUCAUGUAAUGGGACAGUAUUGAUUAAAAUUCGUAAUCAAUGGGUAUGGCACAACCAGCAUACACAAAAGAACACAAAAAAUAUCGAAACAGACAACGCAUAACGAAACGCGGUGCGCACAGCUCGCCAGCGAAAGCGGAAAGUGAGUAAGGAAUUUUCUUUGGUACUUUUUUCGUCUCUUUUCUAAUGUAAGAAUAUUUUUUCUAUAACAUGCAUACAUUUGACGCAAUAAAACUUUUAACG